AAGGCAGCCGCGCUCUCUCGCUCGCUCUCCCUCCGCCUCGGACUUCCUCCUCCCUGCCUCCGGCCAUGGCCAACUCGGGCUUGCAGCUGCUGGGCUUCGUGCUGGCCCUGAUGGGCCUGAUCGCCAACCUGACGGCCACGAUCCUGCCCCAGUGGCGGGUCUCGUCCUUCGCCGACGGCAGCAUCAUCACGGCGCAGUCCUACUACCUGGGCCUGUGGAUGGAGUGCGUCUGGCAGAGCACCGGGCAGCUCCAGUGCAAGGUCUACGACUCCAUGCUGGCCCUGGGCGCUUCCAUACAAGCCACCCGGGCGCUGAUGGUCAUCUCCAUCGUCCUGGGAGUGAUCGCCAUUGGCAUCGCCACCAUGGGCAUGAAAUGUACCCGCUGCGGAGACGACAACAAGGUCACCAAGGCCCGCAUCGCCAUGACCGGCGGCAUCAUCUUCCUGGUGGCAGGUUUGGGUUCCCUGGUGGCUUGUUCCUGGAGCGCGAACCAGAUCGUCCAAGAUUUUUACAACCCCCUGUCCCCCAUGAAUAAAAGGUACGAAUUUGGCCCUGCCAUCUUCAUCGGCUGGGCAGGUGCCGCUUUGUCGUUGCUGGGGGGCGGGAUGCUCGCCUGUUCGUGUCCAGGAAACGAAGCCGGGUACAAAAAUCGCCAGUAUCCUGCAGCGAUGCCCAUCUCCAAACCCCCCAGUAGCCGAGAAUACGUCUAGAUGCCCAGGCCACUGCCAAGACCCAUGUGCCACUGAGCCUGGAACAGUUUGGAUUUUGCUGCCCAACUGGGCAUCUAAGACUUUUAAAUCCCAAACCCCCGUCGGGGAGCCUUUUACUCUGUUUUUAUUAUUCCUUCGAUUGAAUCGGUUGAUUUUUUUUUAACAUUAAAAAAAAAAAUAGGGAUCCUAUUUUAAUUAAGCGAUAUUUUAAUAUUUUCAUUGGGGAUCGGGCCCUGAAGGGGAGGAGGGUGGGCAUUGUUAACCCCUUGAUGUAUUUUCCUCGGGCUGCCCGGAAAGAUUGGAGACGGAAGACUUCCACCAAUCCUUUCGACCCUGGGGAUUAUGGGCUUUGGAGUCCAGCGCAUCUGAAAGGUAACGAGAUCGAGGAAGCGCUAGUAAGGUUUUCUGGGUAGGACUCAUCUCCCCUUUAAUAAACUGAUCCACCGGGAGAAGAUGGUCUUUGGGUGGCCCGAAGGGAAGGUCGGAUUGAUCUAAAGAAAGCCCCCAACCACUCCUCCACUCCCCGAAUUCUGAGGAAUUGGCAUUGGGGAUCUCUGCUACUUUUGACCCAUAGAAUUGUCACAGUCACCGGAAUUCUCUGGCAGAUGUUUACAAGACUGGCAUCUUUUGGGCAGGGAAUUUUGACCCUCCCGUCUCGUCUCACCCAGGGAAAGGGGUCUUCCUCCUUCUCCAUGGGGCAGCCCAGCGCAAAACUCCUAUAGCUAACUCUUGCCACGCUGGUCGAAGACUUCGAAAAUGGUGUAAAUAUGUACAUUCGCUGGGGAAACCUUGGGUUAAGCGAGGGGCCGUUUGAUGCGAGCCUGUCCCUUUAAAAAUACGGAUCAUUUUUUUUUACCCCGUCCUUAGAUUCUCCCAGUAAAUAGGGUUCCUGGCUUUUAUUGCAAAAUCAUAAAAAAAAUUUUUUUGGGGGGUGGGGGGAUUACCUUGAGUUAAGGGAUUUGCUUGCUUGGAUAGAUUUUAACCUUUUUUUGAGGGGGAGUUUGGAGGAAGGGAGGAAUUGAAAUUGGAAUCGGAAAGGAGAUUCAAUCUACUCCUUAGAGUAAAACCUAGCCUUUAUUUAAAGCCCUGAUUUCUUCGGGUGCUGUGUGCAUUUUGUGUAUUUUUUUUUUAAAAAAAAUUCGUAUUACUGGGCAACUGAUAUUAAUUUUUUUUUUUUUGUAUAUAAUAAAUAAGACUGUUUUGGACAAAA